CAGAACACAGAUCAUAGAACACAGAUUACAGAUCACAGAACACAGAUCACAGAUCACAGAGCACAAGUAUUGUAUUGUGGAUUUGUGACCGUCAUGGCCUAGUUACCUUGGGUUUUGGCUCGACCCUUUGAAAAGGAGAAAAGGAAUAUUGGUUAUUACCAACACCAACAAUAAUUUUCACAUAAAGCAACCUUUUACCGCGCAAAAGAAUGCUGUAUCAUGACGUCUCAACAAGUAGUUUUAAGGGAAGCACGACUAAACUGGAAAACAAACAUUGACUCGGAAUGCUUACCGUCUCCCAUCGAUUGGAAGGCCCUGGAGGAAUACGCGAUUAGCUUCAAGCGUAAAAGGUCUAAUUACGACGGCGAAAUAACCUGCAACGUCUCUGCCGAAUACAACAUGGGUGGACUACACGUGGUUCGGCGGCUCGACUUUCAGGAUGGAACAACUUGGGUAGCACGUCUACAGCUCCAGAAAGCCACUCCUGAAUCACUAGAACGGUUGUUAAAUGAAGUCCACACAAUUCAGGUCAUCCGAGAACGAUCUAGAAUCCCUGUUCCGGAACUGUUCACGUACGAGGCGAGCGAUGAUAAUGCUGUAGGUGUUGCCUUCAUGAUCAUGGAAUUCGUUCCAGCGGACACCGCCAUGGAUUCAUUUGGAGGAUGGCCUGUACACAGAGGCAAAAUCCCUGCUCCUUUUAGGAGGAAAUUUUAUACUGGGAUGGCUAAAAUUCAGGUCGAAUUGGCGUCAGUACGAUUUCCAAAAAUUGGAAGUAUUAUCAAACUUUCCAAUGGAGAGUACUCAGUCGGACCAAUCCCUAGAAUUGGGGGACCGUUCGACUCAGCCGCAGACUUUUUCGAAGCUUGGGCGAAAUGUGCGAAGUUUCCCUACAGUGAGAGUACAAUUCGAGCACGGACACCCUCCAAUCUCGUAGAUCGGAUUUUGAUAUCAAUUCGAGACUUUCCAUCACAACUCGCCAAAUUCGCAAAGCACCAUUCAUUUCAGGAGGGGCCUUUUCCGAUAAUUCAUACAGACCUCUACACAAGCAAUAUUCUUGUGGAUUCCAUGUGCUGCAUACAAAGUGUAAUUGAUUGGGAGAAUACGAUUGUUGCUCCAUGGGAGAUGGUCGAAUUCAUCAAAGAUUUAUCUAUUGUGCCACCUGUAAUGGACGGGCCCCUCUAUAAUGAGACGGAGUCAGAUCGGGAAUUACUCGCUGAACGGAAAAGAUAUAUCGAAGUUAUCCAAACAUGGGAGCGCGUGCGACAGCUUGAUUCUAAACUCUCUACAGUGCUCGAUCAUUGGAACACCCAGAGUUUAGCCCAUGCAAUUUGGUUAUAUCUCGAGGGCAGAAUCGGUUUUUAUACUGAUGUUUUCAAGUCUUUUGAGCUGGAGUAAAAAUCAGUCCAUUAGUAUGUUCUUCGCUUGUUGCUUGCUUCUAAAGGGACAAUUCAUAAGGAGGGUAUGUAUGAAAUACACGUUUUAUCUUAUUGUCGGACUGGGUCAGCCUGGAAGUCUUCGCCAAACAGGACGUGUAAGACCUAUAAAGAUCGGCCAAUGUUCAUACCUCUCCAUAGAAUAUUUGGAAUGAGUAUUUGAAGUGC